GUUGCCGAGAAGAAGAAGGCGGAAACAGAGAGGGAUGACGCACUGCAGAAGCUGCGGGUAGGUGCUAACUCUUCUGAUCCUUCGAAGAAGAGAGAACUUGGUUCUUAUUUGGGUACUGGAGAAGGACAGUUAGUUCGAAGUGGAGAAUAUCGUGGUUCAGGAGUGCUUGUCUCUUCUUUAAGUAAUUGGACUGCUAAGUGUGAAUCACUUGAGUUAGAGAAGAAAAAAGCUGAAUCUGAACGUGAUGAUGCACUACGUCGUCUUAGUGCAUUUGGAAGGGCUGGUGUUCAAGAAUCGUCAAUGUUGAUUUGGACUCGUCACAGGUGUGGUUUGGGUGAUAAUUGGGCUCCUCUUGUUGCUCAUUACCGUCAAUUGGUGGAAGAUGUGUUUGUGAUGGAAGUUUGUCGGGCCACUGGUUCUCCUUUACAUUGUGUAAAGGUUAUAGAGUUUGAUAGUGGAGGUGCUUUAGUUGAUCUUGAGGUGUGUCACAAUUUACGUCCUGGUGAUAUUGAUACUCUUCUACAGGGGCAUUUGUUUUCUGUAAUGUCUUCGUUACUUCGUUUGGCUUGUUCUAGUACGUCACCAUCACAUUCCGUAUCUGGUGGUGAAGUAUCUUUAAUAAGUCAACAAUUAAUGGAAAUGAAUGAGCGGUUACAAAAGCAGCUUCUCUCUGCACAAUCUGAGUUGGCUACGUAUCGCCGAGGUCAACCUAAAAAAAGUGAUGGUACCAAAGAUGAAAAUUCACUCUUUAAAGAGCUUAUGAUCUUUAGAAAUCGCCGUGCUCUUGCUAAUAGUAUUCGUGGAUUAGAAGAUUCAUUGGAGCCUUCUUUUGGUUUAAGAGAAGUUGUAGACCCCAAGUCGCCUGUUGAUCCGGCUGUGCUACGGUGUGAACCAGUUUACUCUGUGACACUUGAUGAGUACCGUGAUGUUCUUCAACAGCUUAGAUCCCUCUGCUCUGCAGGGAUGGAAGACGAGGAUGGUGGCACUCGUCUCUGGAAUGAACAUGUUUUGGCAAGAGUAGAAGAAGAACGUCGGUUUACUAAUAAACUGAGUCAGUUAAAUCCACAGUUUCCUCAAAUCCGUGAUGAUGAAGUAUAA